AUGGAGCCUAUGGAUCCAUGGUACAAAGGAUUCAGAGGACACAUUGAGAAACCAUCAGCAAAAGAAGCCGGGGUUAGUUACACUAUCAGUGGAGUUAUAGAGGAAGUCAAUGAAACUACACUCAGGAUUACAGAGCUACCAAUCCGCAAGUGGACUCAAGAUUACAAUGAAUUUCUGGAAUCAAUCAUGACCGGGAAUGAUAAGAUAAAGGAUCCAUUUAUCAAGGACUAUAGGGAGCAUAAUGAUGAAAAUACUGUACAUUUCGAAGUUAUAUUGUCUGAGGAGAACUUGAUCUUGGCCAAGCAAGAGGGGUUGCUGAAGAAAUUCAAGCUAACCACUACUAUAAGCACAAUUCUUGAGGAAUUCUUUCAUAUAAGGUUGGAGUUUUAUGAGGAAAGAAAGAAAGUUCUGCAGAACAAUCUCGAAAUGGAGCUGUUGAAACUUGACAACAAGGUUAGGUUUAUUCUGGGGGUUUUGGAAGGCAAGAUCAUUGUGAGCGACAGGAAGAGAGCAGAUUUGUUUAUUGAAUUGAAGGAAAAAGGUUUCACUCCUUUCCCCCAAAAAACCAAAACUGUGGAAGCUGUGGUUGCUGGGGCAACUGAUGAUGUAGAAGAACUUAAGGAGAAUUCUGAGACAGUAACCAGCAAAGGUGUACGCACGAGUGAUUAUGAGUACUUGUUGUCAAUGGCAAUUGGGACCUUGACACUUGAGAAGGUUCAGGAGCUAUGUGCAGAUAGAGAUAAGCUCAACGAAGAGGUUGAUGAUUUGAGAAAGGCAACUCCAAAAUCUAUGUGGACGAAAGAUCUUGAUGCUCUUGAAAGAGAGCUUGAUGAGCAAGACAAGAGUGAUGUCCAGGCAGAGGUGGCUAGAAAGGCGAUGAAAAGCAAGGUGAUGACUGAAGCUGGUCUUAAAGCCUCAAAACAAGCACCAAAAAAUCCACGGAAGAAUACUAAGAAGGGUAGCCAUCCAGAAUCCAUUUCUGAACCAUCAAAAACAUUAGCUACAUCUGUAAUCGAAACUGAAGAACUUAAGGAGAAUUCUGAGACAGUAACCAGCAAAGGUGUACACGCGAGUGAUUAUGAGUACUUGUUGUCAAUGGCAAUUGGGACCUUGACACUUGAGAAGGUUCAGGAGCUAUGUGCUGAUAGAGAUAAGCUCAACGAAGAGGUUGAUGAUUUGAAAAAGGCAACUCCAAAAUCUAUGUGGACGAAAGAUCUUGAUGCUCUUGAAAGAGAGCUUGAUGAGCAAGAUAAGAGUGAUGUCCAGGCAGAGGUGGCUAGAAAGGCAAUGAAAAGCAAGGUGAUGACUGAAGCUGGUCUUAAAGCUUCAAAACAAGCACCAAAAAAUCCACGGAAGAAUACUAAGAAGUGUAGCCAUCCAGAAUCCAUUUCUGAACCAUCAAAAACAUCAGCUACAUCUGUAAUCGAAACUGAUAUUGUUCCUGAGGUGGUGAAACAUAAAGGCAAACCAGGUUCAAAGAAAGCUCCUGUUAAAAAGGGAAAAUCUUCUUUGGUGGUUCCUGAAGAUGACGAUGAUGAAAUACUUGAGCUAAAAGAACGACUUGCUGCUUACAACCUCCACUCUUCCCCUGAUCACUCAGAAGCCAUGGAAACCGAAGUGCCUCAAGUGCAGGACAGGAAGAAAGAAAUCAGCAGAAGGGCUGCUGCACAGAAUAAGCCUUUGUCAACCCUCACAGAGAUUUCGGACGACAAUGACAUCAGUGAUGAAGAUUUUGAACUAGAAGUGGUGACCGCACCAGAAGAGCAAAAGAAGGGAGGAAGAAAACUUGCAGAGAAGAAUUCAGGCACCUCACCUCAGAAAAAGGUGACGAAGAUGAGAGCAUCUCCAUUCAACAAGAAAAGUGGUUCCAUGUUGGGAAGGAUUGGUAAAGAAGCUGAGGAAAGGAUUGCACUGGAAAGUGAAAAACAACAAGGGAGCUCAGCUUCUAAUUCAGACAGUGCUGAAGAGAUGAAUGAAGCUGUGGCUCCAAGAGCUAGACCACAGAGGGUGAACCGUGGAAAGGCAAGCUCUGUUUAA